AUCAUCGAACCAUCCCUAUUGCCCUUCUAGCUUUUUCCCAGUCCAAGCAGCCUCCAAUUCGUGCCACUCUCUUCAAAAUGGCCGUUACCUUCUCAAAUCUCCACACAGAAUCAGGUCUCAAGUCCCUCGACGACUUCCUCUCUGGGAAGGUCUACGUUUCUGGGGAUCAGUUCACAAAGGACGACAUCAAAGUGUAUGGUGCUGUUUUGGAGAAGCCAGGUGACUCUUUUCCCAAUGCUGCCAAGUGGUACGAGGUUGUCUCAUCUCAGCUUGCUGCAAGCUUCCCCGGCAAUGCUCAAGGGGUGAGAUUCAGUGGCAAAGCUUCUGCUCCAGCGGAGGCUGCUCCUGCGAAACCGGAUGCUUCUGCUGCUGAAGAUGAUGAUGACCUUGAUCUCUUUGGCGAUGAGACUGAGGAAGACAAAAAGGCAGCAGAGGAAAGGGAGGCUGCUAAGAAGUCUACCAAGAAGAAAGAGAGUGGCAAAUCUUCUGUUCUGCUUGACGUUAAGCCUUGGGAUGAUGAAACAGACAUGAAGAAGCUGGAAGAGGCUGUUCGCAGUGUUGAGAUGCCUGGUCUAUUGUGGGGAGCAUCCAAACUGGUUCCUGUUGGUUAUGGGAUCAAGAAGUUGCAGAUCAUGUUAACUAUUGUCGAUGACCUUGUAUCUGUGGACACCCUUGUUGAGGAGACUCUCACAGUUGAGCCCAUCAAUGAGUAUGUCCAAAGCUGUGACAUUGUUGCAUUCAACAAAAUCUAAGUUUUCAUGUUGAAUUUCAGUCAUUUUGAAGCAGCCAAUUAGUUUGUUUUUCUUUCUCAUCCACUUCCUUCUAACUUAUUCAUGUCUAGUUUAUGUUUCAGUGAUGGUUUUGUUACUAGAAUUCUGAGAAGUAAAAAAUAUAUAUUUUGAAUAUUUAUGUUCUUGUGUUCCAUCAA